AGUGACCGCUGACCGCACAUCUUUGAAAUGAUGUGGAGCUCAGUCGACUUCAGUGCCAUAAACGCUUUGUGGUCUUUCCUGGCUUUGUUCUUUCUCGUUGCUUUUUGUGCUUACAAAAUCUCGCCACUGUUGCCGAGAAGGUUCGAGACGUGUCGUGUUUACAUUUUAUUUCAGGACCUCAUUCGUUACGGAAAAACCAAGCAGAGCUUAAAGCGAGACGACUGGUUGCGAGUUUUUGACAUCCCGAAAAGGUGGUUCUGGCACUUCUAUGCCAUCUCUGUUGGCUGGAAUGGUCUUCUUCUGGUCUUGUACCUCAACUUUAUAAUCCAGCAUCAGGCAUACCCGUUAUGGCUAACUGGGAUGUUAGACAUUUUGACAGGUGUACCCGGCAAUGACAGUCAAGUCCCACAGCUGUCCACGGUCCUGGUGCAGCUGCUGCUGUGGGUCCACUCCUUCAGGAGGCUGCUGGAGUGCCUGUUUGUCAGUGUUUUCUCUGAUGGGGCCAUGCAUUUGGUACAAUAUAUGUUCGGCCUGGGGUAUUACAUCAUGUUAGGGUUGACGGUCCUCUGCUGUGAUCGUAUGGAAAAAGGUUUGAAGAGCAGCACCCUCCUCACUCAGCUGGACUGGCGCCAAAUUGCUGGAUUUGUACUCUUCAUUUGGGCCUCUUUGCUGCAACAUCAAUCCAUGGUCCUGCUGGCCAGACUUCGCACUGGAAAAUCAGGAACAGUGGAAACGCUGGCUCACAGAGUGCCAAAGGGAGGUUUGUUUGAGCUGGUUUCUUGCCCACAUUAUUUUGCUGAGUUGCUGAUCUAUGUCUCAUUCAGCUUCGUUUUCAGAGGCCUUUGUUUGACCUGGUGGCUCGUGGUGCUGUACGUGCUCUUCAACCAAGCGCUGGCAGGACAGCUUUGUCACGACCUUUACAUUAGCAAAUACAAGUCAUAUCCAAGUCAUAGAAGAGCAUUUAUACCCUUUGUGCUCUGAAUUCUCUGAUGCUGCUGCUGGGAACUGUAAAGGAAAAAAAGUCAGCUGUAUGAGGAGCUGAACCUUAGGAGUAAAUUCCAUCUCUAAGCAUUGCUUGAAACCUCCAAAUGGAGCUGAGCUGCAUUGAAGGCCAACACUAGGUUUGAGUUUUGGGAGAAGACUGAGAACUUUCUCCAACUGAUGUGAAGAUACUGUGAGGAACAUUACUUGAAUUUAUUUGUUCAUUACAUUAAGAACUUGUUUUUGUUACGAUAAAGUACCUGACAACAUUUUGUGUCUUUUUACAGUGUGCCAGCCUAUCACAUUAUAAUUGAUAAUGCAAACUUUAAAUGUUUCUAUGAAAACAAAACCUUCAAAACAUUGUGGACUUGAAUAUUUUUCUUCUUAUACCAACACAGAAAAUACUGUAUCAACACCUGCACAAGGAGGAGGUUUUUGUUUUUUUUUUUGUUUUUUAAACCAAACAAGUGGGUAUGUUGGAAUGAAUAAAGAAACUUUC